GUUUAUUGUCUGGUUUGUCAAAAAGACUUCGCAAAAUUGUCCGUAUUUAAUUCACAUUUGAAGGGAAAAAAGCAUAAGAAAGCAGUAUCAAGACCUGGGACUUAUGAAGUUGCUCUGAACGAACAUAUGGUGAUGGAAACCAUAAAGCUUCUCAAGAAGGAACUCGAAAACACAAAAAAAGAAGCCGAAAGGUACUCUUCUUUGAGUUUCAGAGAAAAAGAGUUUGAAACUAAUGACGCUAAGAAUCUUUCUGAUUACGAAUAUGAAAAUAUUGCUGAAUUGCACAAUGAUCAUAAGCUUGAUGGCCAUGAAGAGCUUCAUCAUCUUGGAAAUGACGAAAUUUCACCAAUUGGUCCAGAUGGAAAGCCAAUGCCUUUAUGGCUCUGGAAACUCAAAGGGUUUGAUAUGGUGUUCACAUGCGAGAUCUGCGGAAACGUUAAGUUCAAGGGUAAAGAAGUUUUUCAGAACCAUUUUACAGAGCCAAGGCAUCUACAUGGACUCAAAAUGCUCGGUGUGAUGGGGGAAUAUAAUGCAUUUCGAGAUUUAGAUAAGAUUGACGAUGUCCUGGAGCUCUCCAACUAUUUGGAAAAAAAACAAAGAAAUGAUGCACAAUACAAAGAUGAUGGGGUUGAAGUGGAAGAUGAAGAGGGUAAUGUUAUGAGUAGAAAAGUUUAUGAGCAAUUAAAGAAGCAGGGAUUAAUUUAACGUCUCUAGAUAUG